UAGCAAACCGUAUGUAUUCGUUACUGAGUAACGGGUGCGGCAUCUAGUAACGAGUAACGAAACGUUACACACGAAUGCAUUUCGUUACUCGCAUCUUUCGUAUGUUUCACGCAUGCGCGCGCGUAUUCGUUACAAAGAACGAUGUUUGUUUAUUAAUAAAAGUAUGAUUUGGAAAUUCGUCGUCCAAGUUUUUUACUGUUUAUUAAAGGUAUUGUGUGUGUAGACAAAGUUUUAGAUUCGAACAGAAACAACGUAAGAAAGUAUUUUUUACAAAUUAUAAAUAUGUAUGUUUUUGUUUUUUAUAAUCGCGUAUUUUCACGUUUUAUGUUCUUAUCUUAAAAGAUAUAUUAUAAUAAAGCCGCUCUAAUGAGAGUUAAUUGUUUCUUGGUUAACAAAAGCUGUUAAUUAUCAAAUAUUUUUAAUUGUUUAUAUUCUAUUUAUUUUUAUUUACGCGACGUCAUACUGUACGCGUACGAAAUACGACUCGAUUCGAUGCUGUUACAUAACAUAGCAUGUGCCAUGUCAUGCGGUAUCAGAAGUAACGAGUAACGAUACGAAAGUAACGAGUAACGAUACGAAAGUAACGAGUACUAAUUGUUAUAGUAACGAAUACAUACGGGUACACAUUUUUUCGUUACUUUUACACCUCUACAAGUAACAGGGCGCCAAUAAUAAAAGGGGAGGAUGUUUAUCUGUGUACGAGAUCGACUUGCUCGUUGCCAACGUAAACCUGACAGUAAUAAUUGAGCCUUGAAACAUAACGCACGUGACACGUGACGAGCACCAAAUUUGCUCGUGAACGCUUUUCUUAUAUUUGUGUCGUGCUGAGACCAUGUGUCCUUGAUCGGUGCUGAGUGAACAUCAAUAAACAUGGACCCGGCGUGCACUAGUGAAGAAAUUGAAGAUUUAAUCAACACUUCUACACCUAUCCGUGUUCCUUUUUCAGCAAAAUACAAACAGAGUUUUGCAUAUGCUACUCUAAAGGAACGUAUUCCAGCGAUUCUAAAUAAUUUUGCUGAGGGUUUGUGUAAGGACAAGAAUGAUCUCGUAAAAAAGUUUGGGCAGGAAGCAGAAAGAGACUUGCAGGCGGUAUUAAAGUCAUUGUCAACUCUAGGAAAUGAAAUCAACCUCAACAAGCCGUUGAUACCAUUAACAACAUCCCGUAGUGAUGUUCCCUUGUGGAAUAAACUCUUGGAAGACCAAGCGAAGAAAGAAGGAGGUGAUUUGAAGUGGUACUCCACAGUAUUCCUUUACUGGGAAUGCUACUUGUAUCGCAGACUGAAGCAAAUCUUCGAGUUAAGUGAAAACUUGCAGAACUUUGACUAUUUCCAAAAAGUGAAAGAAUCAAGCCUGAUUAAUACAUUGGAUUCAUGUGCUCUCUUCGCAAGUUACCUCAUCAAGAAGCUGAAUAAAGCUGAUCUUUUGCCAGAAGAAGUCAAGAAAGAGGCCAUCAGGUUGAUGAAGCUGAACUUGUGGGGCAAUCGCUUUGACAUGUCCAUUUCUCUCGGCGUUGCUUCUUCGUCCUCCGACAACCCAAUGGAAUUAGUAGAUAGCUUGGAAGAGUUUAUUUUGGUUGAUGAUACAGAAAAGAUUUGGAACAAACUGGCAGAAAUCAGGAAUGCUAACAAAACUAUUGACUUUGUGAACGACAAUUCUGGCUACGAGAUAUUUGCAGAUCUCUGCCUGGCAGAUUUCUUACUGACUUUUGGAUUUGCCUCCAAGAUACGUUUCAAUUUGAAAUCUAUUCCCUGGUAUGUAUCCGAUGCAUUGGAAGAUGAUGUGAAGUGGACCGUGGAUAUUCUCUCGGAAAUGGGCUCACAUUCAGCAAGUCUGCCUGAACUGUCGAAAAGAUGGAAAAGUUACUUGGACUCUGAUCGCUUGGAGCUAACCAAGAGUGAUUUCUGGACGUUGCCGUACGAAUACUGCAUGAUGCAAAAAAUUGACCCGAAACUGCACGAAAAACUUUCAGCAUCGUCUCUAUUGUUCUUCAAGGGUGACUUGAACUACCGCAAGCUUUUGGCAGACUUGAAUUGGCCAUCCACGGAAAGUUUCAGCACAGCUUUGCAAGGUUUCCAGCCGACCUGUCUGGUUGCGGUGCGGACAAUCAAAGCAGAGGUCGUAUGUGGCCUAAAGCCUGGGGUGGCUGAGGCUCUGUCUGCGAAAAAUCCUAAAUGGAAUACCACGGGAGAUUAUGGAUUAGUGCAGUACUCUGGGAAAUCAUAGCAUCACAGCUUUGGAGAUGUGAUCGUUAUUUAGUGUAAAUUGUGUAUUGUAAAUGAAACACUUUUAUGUAAAACAAAAAAUAGUUUUGAAGGAAAGUCCAUGAAAUAUUUCUACAGGUAAAUCAAUUGCUAUACAAGAAUGUGUUACAUUGUUAAAGUGUUUUGAUAGUGGUGUUAUUAGUAAAGUUUCUGAGCUAGAAAA